AUGAACGCUGAUAUGCUCUUGACAGGUACCAUGGAUGAUCUAGUCACUACGAGAACUGCUUCCCUACCAUCCCCAGCUGAGCUUCAAUUGAUCUUUGAGGCUCUAUCGAAAUUCAUCACGCAAUAUGAAUCUUCUCCUAAGGAUGAGAAAAGGGAAAUCCUUAAGCAUAUUCAGGAUGCUGCUAUGAGUCUUGCAAGAACAUCUGCAAGCCCAAUGGAAUCGCUGAUGUCGUUUUUGUUUCAGCCACAUCACAAUGCAUGUGUACGCGUUGCCAUAGGCAUGGGAGUCUUCGAUCAUGUCACUGCGCGUGGAGGACCCAUUUCUCUCGAGCUCUUGGCAGAGAAGACUGGAAGUGAACCCGAGUUCGUGUUCAGGAUACUCCGCGCUCUAGUUGCGAUGGACAUUCUCCACGAAUCGCAACCGGGGUAUUACUCGCAUACUCCGCUGUCUGAACUACUGGCAGAUAGAGGUAUCCAGGCAUAUGCAGUUCAUCAGUGGGACAAUAUCAAUUUUUGCAUGUCCCAGUUCGGGUCUUAUUUUGAGAAGCAUGGAUACCGAAGCCCGGCAGACCCCAAAAAUGCCCCGUUCACUUGCGCAAUGGGCAUGGAAAACGCAAGUUUCUUUGAAAUUCUCGAGCUGAAUCCAACAAGAAUGGAUGUCUUUAAUAGGGGAAUGGCCGGGUUCAAUACUGGAGUGGUUGCGUUGUACGAUUUUGGAAGCCUGGAAAAUAUCAGCCAAGAAGCAGUCGCCAUCGUUGACGUUGGUGGAGGCAAGGGUCACACGCUCCUCGAGAUACUCGAUACGUUUCCGGCCCUUAGGGGAAGAUGUGUUCUUCAGGAUCUCCCCGCAGUUCUGCAUGGGAAUGUUGUUAUUCCCGAUGGGGAUAUAUGUCUUCAGCCUUAUGACUUUUUCAGAGAGGUACAACCAGUGAAGGGUGCGUAUUUUUCUUCGUCAGGUCGAAUACCCCAUGCCAUUUCCGAAUAUUUCGCCUGGCUGAUACGGCAUCAGGAGCUGCAAUAUAUCUGUACAAAUGGAUUUUUCAUGAUUGGCCAGACGCAGACUGCCGGACCAUCCUCAGAAACUUAUCUCCAGCUAUGA